AUGCCUGAGGUCUCGCUUGUUUGCAGCGGCAAAGAAGAGAUGAGACCACUGGCCACGCUGCUUUCACAGCGAGGGCAUCGUUGCUACAUCCUGGAGUGGCCGGGAUGGACGCAGCACGUACAGACCAAUUGGGCGUUGGAGCGGUGCAAGACUGAGCACCUGGCGGAGGAAUACCAGGACUUCUGGUGCCAGGCCUUGGAGCAUGUUGCCCAGCGAGAGCUGGCAGGGGUCGCCGGACAAGGAGGCGAUUCCAAGGCGACUAAGCUGUGCAUUGUGGCAGCUGGGAGUGCUGCCAUCUACGCCCUUCGGGCUGUCAAGGCGCUGCAGGGAUGGUCCGAGUCGAAAACAGCGACCGCUCCGUACGACUCCCUGGUGAUGCUUGCUCCAAGUUGGAAGGCGGAGCGGCGACGAGGGCUUCUCUCCAGGCUGCAGCCGGACCACGCUGCCUACUGGAUGGGUGCUCUGCUUCACACCGACUCAAGGGUGGGUCGCAUCUUUCGAAAGUCCUACUUUGGGAAGAAGAACCUUCAACGCCACUUCCUCCAUUCGGGUGCGCCGGAUGGAAAUGAGGAGCGGCUCUUGCAGCUGGCCUCCUGGUUCUUCCAAAGGCCACGGCCCUAUGCGCAGACCGAUGCGGCAAUCGCCUAUGGAUUCUUGGAUCCUCCUAACAUCGACUCCGUCGAGAAUUUGGCUGCCGAGAUCCUCUCACAGCCCUUCAGGCCAGUUCGCACUCGGCAGGCUCUGUGGAGCAGCGUCUCGUUCCCUCCAAUUCGCCGCUGCCACAUGAAGUGGCCACUUCAGCUGUGCAAUUCGCUGUGGAUCAGUGGCUGCAGCAAAGCGACGUUGCAUCGCAGUGAGCGCUUGAAGAAAGAAGCGGGCUUGGCAGUUCGGAUCAGUUCGGCCAUGGCAGCUUUGGGAGAGGUGCUUCCCACUACUGUCACUGUGACAAGGCCCGAAGUCUCCACCAGAUGGACUCAUUCUCCAGCAGCAGUGGUGGCUGUGGAUGAUGCAAUCAGGCGUCCAGCUGGCACUUCCAGCUCGAAUUUUAAGACUGGAUUUGCUCUGGCGGUGCCGCUGGCCGCUGCUGCUACGCGGCGCAGGCCGGGGCGGAAAGGGCACACCUGUCGCCUGGCGACGAAGACCUCAACAACGGUGAGCAACGCCACCGUGAAAGGUGCAGCGAAGGUCUGCUCCGAAUGUGGCUAUGUUUUCUUGGAAGAUGAUGCUCUUUUCUGCCCAAAGUGCGGCACGCCUCGAACGGGAACCCUUGGUGUUGGAGGUUCCAAGGCCGCUCCAAAGCCCGAGGAGCCGAAAAAAGGCUAUUUUGCGCCACAGCCCACGCCACUGUUGGACUCGCUGGGAGAUGAGGGCACUCAACGGAUCCGCAGCAUGAGUGUGCCGGAGCUCAAGCAACUCGCCGACGAAGUUCGGUGGCAGGUCCUAGACGCCGUGUCAGUCACAGGAGGACAUCUCGGCGCUGGCUUGGGAGUUGUUGAGCUGACUGUCGCUCUCCACCACGUUUUUGACACCCCUCGUGACGAAAUCUGCUGGGACGUGGCGCAUCAAUGCCAGCCGCACAAGGUGCUGACUGGACGCCGAUCGCGAAUCUACACGUUGCGCCAGGGUGGAGGCCUGUCAGGCUUCGCAAAGCGGAAGGAGUCAAUCUAUGACGCCUUUGGUGCUGGCCACUCCUCAACAUCCAUCAGUGCUGCAGUCGGCUUCCAAACUGCCAAAGAUCGAUUGGGCAGGUCUGGACACAGCAUUGCGGUCAUCGGAGAUGGUGCGAUCACCGGUGGCAUGGCCUGGGAAGCCAUGAACCACGCAGGUGGCAUGGGUUCCAAGAUGGUCGUAAUUCUGAACGACAAUGGACAGGUGUCUUUGCCCACUUUCUACAACAAAGUCAAGCAGCCCGUGGGGGCGCUCUCAGAAACGCUGGCUGGCACCAGCGCAGAGACACGAGGCCUUUCCAUCCAGGGCGACAUUGCAAAGUUUGAGACUUCUUCGGCGUUUCAGAACGCAAGACAGUUUGCUAAGAAUGCAACGAAGCAGCUGUUGCCUGGGCAGCUGUCGGCAGCUGCUGCAAAGCUUGACGAGUACACGCGGGACUUUGUGAAGACUGUCCCCUUCCGUGGAAGUGGCUCGGGCAGCAAGGGAGAGCUCUUUGAGCAGCUUGGAUUCUACUACGUUGGUCCCAUUGAUGGGCACGACAUGGACACGUUGGUGGAGGUUCUGUCGAACAUCCGCCGGGACCAUGAAGACGGCACGUUGCAGAAGCCCGUGUUCCUUCACAUCAAGACCAAGAAGGGGAAUGGUUACGAACCAGCCCAGAAGGCAAGUGACAAGCUGCAUGCAGUUCAGCCAAAGUUCAAUGUGCCGAAAGGUGACGCCCCUUCAGGGCCAAAGCAACCGCCGUUCACGAAGAUUUUCGGCGAUGCCUUGGUGAGGGAGGCGGAGCGCGAUGAAAAGAUUGUGGCCAUUACCGCAGCCAUGCCCGGUGGAACUGGUGUGGGCAUCUUUGAGAAGAGGUUUGGCCCAGAGCGCACUUUUGACGUGGGCAUUGCUGAGCAGCAUGCCGUGACAUUUGCUGCAGGGAUGGCUGCCGGUGGCAUGAAGCCUUUCUGUGCCAUUUACUCCACGUUCUUGCAGCGGGGAUAUGACCAGCUAGUUCAUGACGUGGCUCUCCAGAAGCUGCCGGUUCGAUUCAUCUUGGAUCGAGCGGGUCUCGUCGGGGCGGAUGGAGCCACCCACAGCGGGUGCUUUGAUCUCUCCUUCAUGGGCUGCAUUCCGGACAUGAUGGUGUGUGCAUCGGCUGACGAGGCAGAGCUUGUCAACAUGAUCCACACGCUGGCAAAGAUCGAUGAUCAGCCAACUGCACUGCGGUUCCCCCGCGGCAGCUGUUAUGGCGACCUGGUAAUGCCCGAGGAGCCUCGAUUUCUUGAACCCGGCAGAGGGCGCAUCUGCCGCGAGGGCCGUGAUGGCAAGCUCGCCAUCCUGUCCAUUGGAGGGCGCUUGCGUGAGUGCCUGAAGGCUGCAGACGAGCUGGAGGAGAAGUAUGGCAUCUCUGCGACCGUGGCAGAUGCCCGUUGGAUGAAGCCGCUGGACAAGAACCUCGUCGGCCGUCUGGCCGAAGAUCACCGAGCUCUUAUCACCAUCGAGGAGAACGCCAUCGGUGGCUUCUCCGCGCAGGUCCAGCAGGCUCUCCUUGAAGAAGGAUUCCUCGAUGGCAUGGGAAAGACGCCGGUGGCACUUCGAAGUAUGGUGUUGCCGGACAGGUGGAUUGAUCACAACACUCCUGAGCUUCAGUACGAUGAUGCGAGGCUCAAUGCGGAGCACAUACUCCAGAAGGCUCUGGCGCUGCUGAAUCGUGUGGGCGUCAAGGUGGCCACAAACGUUGCAGGUUAA